UUAUUAUUAUUUCAACUAUAACGAUUAUUGUAAUUGUUUUUGGCUUAACACGGUUUUAACGUGCCGCAGGCAUAACGUUCUCUACAAGACGAAAAAAAUGGUUUAAUUUCAAGCGCUUCGGAUAAAAGCGCGCUAUUCAUAACAGUGUGAUCCUCGUACCUGGAUAAGGUAGUGCGUGACGUCACUCAGACUCCUCCCUAAAUGCAGGGCUCGGUUUUUCCUCGCGCAGACCUGCCGGAGAGCGAAGGUCGAGAAUAUCUUUCACUUGAGCUGAAGAUAUUAAAAACAACAAACAAAUUAAAUUAAAAAAAAAACAUGGUAUUUUAACCUUCACUGGGAACGUAAAGUUGGAGAUUGUAAAUAGCUCGAUAGAACUGCACUUAUAUAAGCUUCGAUAAUUUUUAACCGACUUUGCUUUGAGUACUAUUUCAAAAUAUUUUUUUCAAAAUUCUGCAAGGAAUUCGUUUUUGAAAAGGGAAACCGCUGCAGUGGACCUGAGAAUUUGACCAGCGCGACAGUGAACCGAAAGACAUUUUUUUUCCGAAGAUGGCAGCGAGCGUCGCCUCAGAAAGUGUGUUUCUGUCCGUCCUGCAGCCCAACAACAGCGCGGUGACCUCCUACGCGGUGCCCUCAGAGCUCCAGCUGGAGCAUGGGGGCAGCCUGUCGGACGAGGUUGCAAAAGCCAGGAGGGUCCAGCAGCAGGUCCAGCUGCGCCUGGCGGAGAAGUCCAGCGUCUCAUCCGGCACCCUGCCCCGGAUGAACGGCUCCGUGUCUAAUUACGCAGCGUCGGAUUACGGAGGUACCACUGCAAUGAAGUUCUCCACCUACAGCCCUGGGUUCAGCUCCAGGUCGCAAAUGUACAGCGUGAACAGGACGCUGCCGCCCCCCCGGGUGUCCCAGUACUCGUCCGGCUAUUCCACCGGCUUCUCAUCUCGCUCCGCAGUGGAUUUCGGCCCUCGAAUGAGGCCCAGCGUGGCGGGCGUCGCCGGGGGCGGUACGUACCAGGAGGAGCUGCCAAUGGCUGGCUACCAGACCAGCCACCAGCAGGUGUUGACCCGCACCCCAAGCAGGCCCGACCCAGAAACCAUGUCCCUGCACUCCAUGCGAAUGUACAGCAUGCCCCCGCAGCCCAAUCCGGUUUCAAACUGGGUGGCUCAGGACGGCAGCGAGGGCAGCCUGUUGUCCGAGCGCGAGGCCGGGCCAUACCAGGCGCCCGUCUAUGCCACCACCAACGGCUACUCCACCCAAGUGCGGCAGGUCUCCUCCGCGCCCUCCACCAUGCGGCGCUCCCUCAGCGGCACGCUUGGCCAGGCGAUGAUGUCUGGCGGCGCCACCACCGGCGAGAUUGUGCAGCAGCAGUCGUUCAAGGGCCCCGCCUUCCGCACCAUCAGCCGCAUAAACAACCGCACCAACCGCUUGAGCAUCGGCUCCAUGGCGUCCGCCGCCGGCAUGCAGCAGCAGGUGUCCGGCAGUGUCUACGGGAGCAGCGGCCGCAUGGCCAUGGGCCAGAUGGUGAGCGGUGGCCCGGGCAGCAUGGUCCUAAUGCAGCAGCGCCAGGCCACACUGCCUCGCACUCUCUCCGUCAAAAGCCUGCACAGCGUGGGCAGGGGCGUGGAUGUGAUGGACAACUGGAACAUGACCGGAAGCAUGAGCAACCUGAACGGGUUCACUAACAUGGAUAUGAACACAGCAGUAAACUACCUAAACCUGCAAGACCCAGAAAUGCAGGUGCCGGGGGCUGCGUAUAUCCAGCACGAGUGCUACCAUAAUCGUGAAGCCAAAGACCAGGUCCGCCAGCUCGGGGGAAUCCCGGCCCUGGUGCAGCUUUUAAGCAGUGACAACCAGGAGGUCCAGCGCUAUGCUACAGGUGCCAUGCGCAACAUCAUCUACGAGAACAUGGACAACAAGGCGGCCCUCAUCGAGGCGGGGGGCAUCCCCCAGCUGGUCAACGCGCUUGCGGUGCCGGACGAUGAGCUUCGCAAGAACAUCACCGGGAUCUUGUGGAACCUGUCCUCUAAAGACAACCUUAAGGAGAAGCUGGCAAAAGAGACACUCGGUGAGCUCACAAAGAAGAUCCUGAUCCCGCUGGUCCCCCAUGCUCCUGAGGGAGGAUCUGAGGUGGCCCAACCUCCAAGCCCAUCUGAGGUGGACAUUUUCUACAACACCACUGGCUGCCUAAGGAACCUGAGCUCUGUGAACGAGAAGACACGGCAGCAGAUGCGGGAGACGUCUGGUCUGGUGGACUCCUUGGUGACCUACAUCCAGAGUUGCAUCGACAGUGGCAAGAUGGAAGAAAAGGGUGUGGAGAACAGCGUCUGUGUGCUGAGGAACCUGUCUUAUCAGCUGUACAGCGAAAUGCCAACCUCGGUACAAUUACGACUGGAGGGACCCACACGGGGGCAGGAUGACACGAAGAAUGACCCGAUUGGGUGCUUCACCCCACAGAGCAAGAAGGCAAAGGAUAGACAAAACCAGGAUAUAUCCACUUUUACAGAGGUCUCAAAGGUACCCAAGGGGCAAGAGUGGCUCUGGCACCCCCAAGUGGUGAGGUUAUAUAACCAGGUGCUGCAGCGCUGUGACAUCAACGCUGUCACGCGUGAGGCAGCUGCUGGUGCCCUGCAGAACAUCACUGCUGGGGACAAAAGGUGGGCGUCCAUUCUGAGCAAGGUGGCACUGGAACAGGAGCGAAUUCUCCCGGUACUGAUGGACCAUCUGCGUACCGAUAACGAUCUGGAGCUGCGCUCCCUCACUGGCUUCCUCCGGAACCUCUCUCGUCAUACCAAGGAUAAGGGUGAUCUGGCCACUAAGUUGGUGUCCAACCUGCUCACCAAGCUGCCCAUUGAUGGUUAUCAGAAGGAUCCUUCCACUGAUGUCGUGGUGAACAUCUGUGGCACCUUGAACAACCUGGUGGCAGGAAGCUCUGUGGCAGCUCGGGACAUCACCUACUUUGACGGGUUGAAGAAACUCGUUGGGAUCAAGAACUCCCAUGAUAGCAGCCCUGCGAAGCUGAAGGCUGCUAAAGCAGCUGCCACAGUGCUCUGUAAUAUGUUCCAGUACAAGAAGCUUCAUCGGGAUUACAAACAGAAAGGGUUCGGGAGACAAGACUUUGCGGACAUUAUUAUAUAAACCUUUAUUCUUUAUUUUCCACCUGCAAGAUGAGUUUGCAUCUACUCCGCCUCAGGCAGGAAUAUUCAGCAAACGAACGCUAGCUGUAGACAGUCCGCUAGGUGUUGUCCGUUUUGUCGAAGCGGCGGCCCUAACUGUAGGGGCUGAUACAGGACUAGCUACCACAAAGGAUCAUUUGCGCUCAUUAUCUGGAUAUGUUUAAAUAUUCUUCAUGACUUUUCCCCUGGCAACUCAAAAGCAGCAUCCAAGCAGAUUUCUGCAGAUUUGCAGAUUUUUCUAUUCCCUGUGUUUCAUACCUAGUCGCUGGUCUCCUUUCGCUGGUUCCGGACUGAGCACUGCCAUGUUUGUGUGUUGCUGAGGGUACUAGAAUUCUAGACCGGGGCUGUUCAAAUCACGGUUCCUCAAGGUCCGAGUACUGCUGAUUUUCCAGCCUUCCUUUACUCGUGAGGUGGGUGUGAAGCCUCAGUGGCCAAUCAGAAUCAGUAAUUAUUAAACUAACUUCCUGGGAGAACUGAAAACAAGGCCUGGAUUUGGAAUUGAGGGCUAGAUUUGAAGAGCCCUGUACUUAUACCCCUCCUAGCAUGUCUGCUGUAAAAUCCCCUUUUUCUGCAGAUCACCCCCACAUGCCACUCAUAUUCUGGCAGCAGUUACUAUGGAGAUAAGGGUCACAUUUUUACCCUGACUCUUUGUAGCUGACUGUCUGCCUUGCCUUCAUACACAGGGGAGUCAAAAAGUUGUCUUUUUCCAGCAAUCUGUAUAUUAUGGAUUUCCUCACAGUCCUGUUGAAUCAUGAAUCUUUGAAACUUAGUAUUGUUCUUGUGUAUGUUAAGAGUUCACUAUUUGUUUAAUACAAAUGCUGAGCGGGUUGAGUGAUCUUGUAGUACACACUGGGUCAGGGAUUUUGUAUUUGUCUUUUUCUGCUUUUUAACUUGCCUGUUUUAUUAAAUGCUGUAAAAUGGUGGUAAAUACUGUAAGAUGGACGGUCAGUUUGGUGCCUAUGUAAGCGUGUGUUACCAUUUUCAGGUGCUCAACAUUAUGCUUGCCUAAGAUUUAUCCUAAGGAAAAUGCAUAAUAUGAUCGGUCUCCACUAAAUAAGUGCCUAGUUAAUGAAGUAACUGGUUAAUGAUCACAGUGGGCCUCUGUGAAGACUUUUUUUUUUUUUUUAAAUAAAAAAAUAAAAAACAUCCUGAAAACAGGUUUACUGAUCCCACAAACGACCAAGACGAAAAAAUUUGCCGAAGGCAGCUGAACUGUUCCUUCUGAAACAGCUCUUUUAGUAUAACAUCAGAAAGGUUCUGGGCACUGCUCGUCUUCAUUGUCUUGCCAGGUUCUGGGUAAACCAAACUUGUUCUAUUUUUAAUUACUUAAAUUAAGCACCACCAUAAAGGUAAACGUUUUGCAAAUUACAUCCAAUAGGUACCAAACCCCUUUAAUCAUUUUAUAGUAUUUAGUUACCUUAAGUGCCUAUAAAGGGAGUGUUUUGAAAGUGGAAAUUUUGUGUAAAAUGUAUUUAUUUAAUUGCUCUUAUGAAUAGAUUUGUGAUUCUUUAAUAGGUACCGUUCUUUUAGUUUUUCUUUGGCAAACUGACUAAAUCUACUCAAAAUAUUCUGGAUUAAACCCAUUAAAGACUGCGGCUUCAGUAAAAAUUAACUUUCACUCUAAUAUUUUUGCACCUAAAGGGGAGUUUGCUUGGCUUUGUACUAUAAUUUCUGGUCUUGAGUAGGCCUGCAUUUCCACCUCUGUCCACCGCUAGGCAGCACUGAGACAUACAGUAAUUUUACUGUAUUCUGGUUCCUUGUUUGGUACUGUCCAUUAGUCCUCCUUGAAAUACUUAGAGCUGUAGUCCCAUUGUUGAGUUACAGCCAAAAUUACUUCUGUAGCUUACAGUCUCUGGUAGGCUCUCAUGUUCUCAUUUUGUAUGUAAUAUUCAUUUGGAAUAAAAAUAAAGAUCUUAGACAUGCA